ACUUCUAAACAGUCACCACAGUAUCUGCCUUGCUUCCAUUAUCUUCUCCUCUGUUUAAUGGAAAGCUAAAAGCUGAAGUGUAUGUUGUUUUUAUGUUGAAAGGGUUCAAAUUCUAGUUCAAAACCAAAAUUUCAAGAGAUGAACUUUUCCAAUUGAGUGAAACCAUCACUCCAAACCAACCUUUAAACCAACGUUCACUAACCCUAAUUUGUGACUUCUAUUUUUUGUUUUUGAGUUUUUGUUUUUCUUCUUACCUGUUUCACAAUCAAAUGCUAAGGUUAAAGCUUGCCCUUUGUCUUUCUCACCCUCUUUCGUUUCACAAUUUUCCUCCUUUUCUUCUUUCUUAUCACCUUCAUUCACACUCUCGCCCCUCAUGCUUUCACAAUCCCCAAGAUGCCGUUACCUUGUUCAAUGGCAUGCUUCAAAUGCAUCAACCACCACCCAUCAUUCAGUUUAAUCGCAUUCUAGGAUCACUUAUGCGGAUCAAUCACUACCCUACAGUCAUUUCCCUCUCUAAGCAGAUGGAAUCCAGUGGAGUUAUUCCCACCGUUUGCACUUUAACCAUCCUCAUCAAUUGCUUUUGCCACCUCCAUCAAAUGGCCUCAGCUUUCUCUGUGUUCGGCAAAAUUCUCAAGACGGGUCAUCACCCCAAUACCGUAACCUUCAACACACUCAUCAAUGGUCUCUGUAUCAGUGGUGAGGUCAAGAAAGCACUGAUCUUUCACGACAAUGUGGUAGCUCAGGGAGUUCGGUUGGAUCAAGUUAGUUAUGGAACCUUAAUCAAUGGGUUAUGCAAGAGUGGAGAAACCAGGGUUGCUGUGCAGUUGCUGAGAAAGAUUGAAGGACGUUUGGUCAUGCCUAAUGUGGUAAUGUACAGCUCAAUCAUUGAUAGCCUAUGCAAAGAUAAACUUGUUGCUGAGGCUAAUGAUUUAUACUCUGAAAUGGUUGUCAAGGGAGUUUCUCCCAAUGUCAUCACUUACACUGCUUUAAUGUAUGGUUUCUGCAUUGUGGAUCAAUUGCACGAAGCCAUUGAUUUAUUUAGCCAAAUGGUACUGAAAAGCAUCAGCCCGGAUGUGUAUACCUUCAAUGUAUUGGUUGAUGCCUUCUGUAAGGAAGGAAAGUUGAAACAAGCUAAACAUAUGCUGGCUGUGAUGGUGAAAGCUGGUGUAAAACUUAAUGUUAUUACCUAUAAUUCUUUAAUGGAUGGGUAUUAUUUAGUCAAGGAUGUGAAGAGGGCCAAAGAUGUAUUUAACACUAUGACUUUAAGGGGAGUGAUUCCGGAUGUUCGGAGCUACAACAUCAUGAUUAAUGGAUUAUGUAAGAAUAAGAUGGUGGAUGAGGCGGUCAAUAUGUUUGAAAAAAUGCAUCAGAAAAAUAUUGUUCCAAAUACAGUGACUUACAAUUCCGUUAUUGAUGGUUUGUGCAAAUCAGGAAAACUAUCUCAUGUUUGGAAGCUUAUUGAUGAGAUGCAUGAUACUGGUCAACAUGUUGAUGUAGUCACCUACAAUUGUUUGUUACAUGCUUUGUGCAAAAGCCAUCAGGUAGAUAGGGCAAUUGAACUACUCAAAAAAAUUAAAGACAGUGGACUUCAGCCCACUGAGCAUACAUACACAAUACUUAUUGAUGGAUUUUGCAAAGGUGGAAGACUUAAGAGGGCACAAGAGAUUUUCCAGAAUCUUUUGAUUAAAGGAUUUCAUCUAAAUGUCAGGACAUAUAAUGUUAUGAUCAAUGGACUUUGUAAAUGGGGCUUGUUUGGUGAAGCUUUGGCCAUGCUGUCAGAAAUGGAAGAAAGUGGUUGCAACCCUAAUGCUGUAACUUAUGAAACUGUUAUUUGUUAUCUCUUUGAUGAAAAUAAAAAUGAUAUGGCUGAGAAACUUCUUCGUGAAAUGAUUGCUAGAGGCUUAUUAUUUAGCAUUUGCUAUGUUGUCAAAGUUGGACUCAUGGACAACUCGGUACAACACUUCAAAACCAAAAUUUCAAGAGAUGAACUUUUCCAAUUGAGUGAAACCAUCACUCCAAACCAACCUUUAAACCAAAGUUCACUAACCCUAAUUUGUGACUUCUAUUUUUUGUUUUUGAGUUUUUAUUUUUCUUCUUACCUGUUUCACAAUCAAAUGCUAAGGUUAAAGCUUACCCUUUGUCUUUCUCACCCUCUUUCGUUUCACAAUUUUCCUCCUUUUCUUCUUUCUUAUCACCUUCAUUCACACUCUCGCCCCUCAUGCUUUCACAAUCCCCAAGAUGCCGUUACCUUGUUCAAUGACAUGCUUCAAAUGCAUCAACCACCACCCAUCAUUCAGUUUAAUCGCAUUCUAGGAUCACUUAUGAGGAUCAAUCACUACCCUACAGUCAUUUCCCUCUCUAAGCAGAUGGAAUCCAGUGGAGUUAUUCCCACCGUUUGCACUUUAACCAUCCUCAUCAAUUGCUUUUGCCACCUCCAUCAAAUGGCCUCAGCUUUCUCUGUGUUCGGCAAAAUUCUCAAGACGGGUCAUCACCCCAAUACCGUAACCUUCAACACACUCAUCAAUGGUCUCUGUAUCAGUGGUGAGGUCAAGAAAGCACUGAUCUUUCACGACAAUGUGGUAGCUCAGGGAGUUCGGUUGGAUCAAGUUAGUUAUGGAACCUUAAUCAAUGGGUUAUGCAAGAGUGGAGAAACCAGGGUUGCUGUGCAGUUGCUGAGAAAGAUUGAAGGACGUUUGGUCAUGCCUAAUGUGGUAAUGUACAGCUCAAUCAUUGAUAGCCUAUGCAAAGAUAAACUUGUUGCUGAGGCUAAUGAUUUAUACUCUGAAAUGGUUGUCAAGGGAGUUUCUCCCAAUGUCAUCACUUACACUGCUUUAAUGUAUGGUUUCUGCAUUGUGGAUCAAUUGCACGAAGCCAUUGAUUUAUUUAGCCAAAUGGUACUGAAAAGCAUCAGCCCGGAUGUGUAUACCUUCAAUGUAUUGGUUGAUGCCUUCUGUAAGGAAGGAAAGUUGAAACAAGCUAAACAUAUGCUGGCUGUGAUGGUGAAAGCUGGUGUAAAACUUAAUGUUAUUACCUAUAAUUCUUUAAUGGAUGGGUAUUAUUUAGUCAAGGAUGUGAAGAGGGCCAAAGAUGUAUUUAACACUAUGACUUUAAGGGGAGUGAUUCCGGAUGUUCGGAGCUACAACAUCAUGAUUAAUGGAUUAUGUAAGAAUAAGAUGGUGGAUGAGGCGGUCAAUAUGUUUGAAAAAAUGCAUCAGAAAAAUAUUGUUCCAAAUACAGUGACUUACAAUUCCGUUAUUGAUGGUUUGUGCAAAUCAGGAAAACUAUCUCAUGUUUGGAAGCUUAUUGAUGAGAUGCAUGAUACUGGUCAACAUGUUGAUGUAGUCACCUACAAUUGUUUGUUACAUGCUUUGUGCAAAAGCCAUCAGGUAGAUAGGGCAAUUGAACUACUCAAAAAAAUUAAAGACAGUGGACUUCAGCCCACUGAGCAUACAUACACAAUACUUAUUGAUGGAUUUUGCAAAGGUGGAAGACUAAAGAGGGCACAAGAGAUUUUCCAGAAUCUUUUGAUUAAAGGAUUUCAUCUAAAUGUCAGGACAUAUAAUGUUAUGAUCAAUGGACUUUGUAAAUGGGGCUUGUUUGGUGAAGCUUUGGCCAUGCUGUCAGAAAUGGAAGAAAGUGGUUGCAACCCUAAUGCUGUAACUUAUGAAACUGUUAUUUGUUAUCUCUUUGAUGAAAAUAAAAAUGAUAUGGCUGAGAAACUUCUUCGUGAAAUGAUUGCUAGAGGCUUAUUGUAGGAUUUAAACUAGGUGAGAUCUUUUUUAGUUUUUGGCCUAAAGUUAAUUGAGUUUUAAUGGCGAUUUUAUCAUAUUAGUGCUUCAGAUAUCAAACCAAGCUGAACGUGUUAUGAUUAUUUGGUAUUGGAAUACGUCAUCUCUUUGAUUUUUAGAUAUGCAGGAUUUGCUAAUGAAUAAAGGAUCAAAGAUUGAAGGAUGGCAUCUAAAAGGCAUGAUGGUUGAGGGCUGAAUUUAUAUAUUCAAUAUUGAUGAUUCUAAGUGCCAAAAUCACAAUUUGGGAAGAAUUGAUGUACAAGAUACCAAGAUGAAUCCAGAGAGUUCAACAACCAAGCUGUGAACAGUCUCACAACCUGUGGAGUUACAUGUGGAUGUUGCUUCUAAAUGGAGUUGCAAAAC